AUGGAAAAGUUCAAGGCAACUCGCUCUACAUCGGGUACCUCUGCUAAACCAUUAGUAUUAGUGCAAGAAACACCAAUUGAAACGAUGGAGGAGAUCGUUGUGAACCGCGUAUGUGGCCAUGCGACUUCCGAAUCCCCAACUGAAUUAAAUGAUAGACAAGAACAACAACAACCAGAACCAAUUGAACUGUUACAGCAAAAUAAUUAUCUAGAACAUCUCCAGAAACGCAGAAAUCGGCAAUCGGAUAUUACCAGAAAGAAGAAGAAUAAGAAACGAUCAAAAACAUUUCAUCAAAAUGAUUACAAAAUUAAAAUUGUUCAUCCAAUUUAUUAUCGAUUUAAUGCUAAAGAAAUAUUACGUGAAUCAAAAUAG